CACGCAUGCGCAAGCGCGCGGCGCAGCGGUAAAACGGGUAAAACGCGCUCCUCGCAUUUCUCCCCGUUAGGUUAGAGUUUAGUAUCAGUCAGUUCUGUGUCACGGAGUUGUCGCGUCGCGCGACUUACAAGUACGACCGUUUGACAAGACGCAGAAAAAAAAGAAGAGGGAAAGAGAGAGAAACUGCUCUCUGGUAACGGAGGCUUCUCAGAAGCAGCUCUCCGGUUAUACCGCGGGAUACUCCGCGGGGCUUUCCUCCAUCAGCUACGCGUACGUCGUGCAUGGGUCGUGCGCGUCGAGAGUAAUCCAAGAUGGCGUCCGCGGAACAGGUCGGCCUCAACAAAACAUGGGAAUUGUCGCUCUACGAGCUGCACCGCACCCCGCAGGACGCGAUCACCGACAACACGGAGAUCGCGGUCAGCCCGCGGAGCUUGCACAGCGAGCUCAUGUGCCCCAUCUGCCUGGACAUGCUGAAGAAGACCAUGACCACCAAGGAGUGCCUCCACCGCUUCUGCUCCGAUUGUAUCAUCACGGCUUUACGGAGCGGUAACAAAGAAUGUCCUACGUGCAGGAAGAAAUUGGUUUCCAAAAGGUCUCUCAGGCCGGAUCCGAACUUUGAUCUGCUAAUAUCAAAAAUCUAUCCAAGCAGAGACGAAUACGAGGCUCAUCAGGAGCGAGUUUUGGCCAAACUGAACAAGUCGCACUCGCAGGCCGCGCUUGUUAACUCCAUCACGGAGGGCAUCAAGCUACAGAGUCAGAAUCGUCCGCAACGUUCCAGGAAAAACGCAAACGAAUCUGAGAAUGCGAGCAACGCAACGUCUUAUAACAAUACACCAAAUAUUAGCGCACCUACAACACCAAAUCCAUCAAAUGUGGCAAAUCAAAGUGACUCCUCUCAGAGCGCGACUUUGAACAGUGGAGGGACAACAUCUAGAAACUCUACCACACCGUCGCCAAAUCCCGCGAAUCAAAUCCCAAAGCCGUCGAAACGGCAGAAAAGCCUUCAAAAUUCGGAGAAUGAUUCCUCCAGCGCGGAGGCUGAGACCGGCGGCGGCGAUUCAAUGGUUGACACAGAGGGGGAAGGUCCCAGCGAACCUUUGAUGCUCAACGAAAUUGAACUUGUCUUUAAACCACAUCCUACAGAAAUGGCAGGUGACAAUUCCUUGAUAAAAGCGUUGAAGGAGAAUAGUAUUCGCUAUAUAAAAACUACGGCGAACGCCACCGUGGACCACUUGAGCAAAUAUUUGGCAAUGCGCUUAACGUUAGAUUUGGAUACCGAAUUAUCGGAAUCAGAUAGGCUAUUAAAUUUCUGUAUCUACAUUGCGCCUUCACCCGGGCAGCUAGUGGUACUAAGCGGCUCACAAACGUUACGACAAGUGAACGACAAGUUCUGGCGCGUCAAUCGACCCUUGGAAAUGUAUUACUCGUGGAAGAAAACCUAGGGAAGGCCUCAAAAGAAUCCGUUUGACGGGAGCUAAUUGUGCCAUGCUCCCCAAGGAGAAGAAUGAAUUGUCAUUCAUAUUGCGUGGCGUACAGUAGAAUAUACUGGUGUAGGAAAUGCAUAUCGUUAUUAUAUUGUACUGUAUUUCCACGCUUUUAAUUUGAUUGGACAUUAUGGAAGUAUUCAUAAUCAUCGACAAUGGUGCAAUCUUUAAAACUGGUUGCUAAUAACGAUUUGGUUAAUAAGAACGGGGCAACUGAAACUUCUGAAUUCAAUUUAAGCGACAUUGUACGUCUAGGUAUGUUACGCCAUUCGAAAAAUGCGUACAAUAUAUUAUUUAAUUUCUUUAUUACGUUACAUGUAUAUAUUAUUUAUUGUGCAUUGAACGAGAUCAUAUUUUUCACAAUAGUCAAUUUGAAAUUUUAGAACUUGUGCCUAAAAGAAAAUGCAACGAUAAUUUUGCAAUAUUUGGUGUAUUGCCUAUAUUGCUCUGUUUAUAAAUUGAAAUACCGAGGGGCCAUUAAAACAGUAACUCACAUUAUUAAUACCAAUAAUAAACGAAUGAAACUCAGUGAGUGGUAAGGAAUUUGUUAAUAAUUCCUUUUUUUAAUAUUUACAGCAUCUUGUAUUAUAAAUAAUUAAAUAACCUUAGAUUAGCAUUAUUCACUCUGAUCUCAAAUAUGUAUUAAAUCCACCUUUGAGUGUCUCAGUUUUUUAGGUCAAUAACUUGGGAAUAUGAAAUUCAUAUCACAUUUAAGUUGAACUCUUUAAAAAUUUAUCAGGAACUUAGCCUUUUACGUCAACCGUGGAAUCAUCACGUGUGGGCACAUGGUUUACAGGACGUACGAUCGUCGCUUAAAUUCAAACCGAACUAAAUACAAUAGCUGACAAGUGUAUAUGCAGAUGAAACUGUAAACCGAAUUGCAAUUACCAUUUCACAUUUUAUAUUUUCAUGCAAAAUGAUAUCUAUAGAAGUUUCGUGUAUAUUUAUAAAGGGUAUAUAUAUGUUAUAUUCACACAUAUUCAUACACGUUCCAUCAUUCAAUGGUCUUAAUAGUCAUUAAUUUAUUUAAAGGAUUCUCAAUCACGUGGACCAUGCUGUAUAGUUUGCAGAAAAAGAAUAAAUCUAUAUGUAUAUAAAAAUAUAUAUAAAUAUGUACUUGUUUAAAAAAAAAGAGAGAUGUAAGUACGAUAAUUGAUUCUACAUAUGUAUAUUUUUAUUAAUUUUUAUAACCGUUAUAUAUCUCUAGAUUCUUUUAACCUUUUUUAAAUCAAUAUAUAUUGCACAAUUUGUAGUCGUAUUUAACUUACUUCCCGAGAUUCCAUGCACAAGUAGCAUAAAAUAGAGGAUAAGAUAAAUAAUAUAAUAUAUAAAAAUGACAUUUUUUAAAUAUUCAAAUGUGGAGCAUCGCGUUCGCAUUUGCAUGUUGAUUCCUUGUGCGAGUAUAUUUAUGUGUAUAAACGAUUAAGAUAAUUAACGACAACACAAUUAAAUAUCAAAAGUGAA